GAAGCUGACACAAAGGCAAACAAAAUUUCUCUUCAGGCCUACUGACCAGGAGUGCGUCUCUUCUAGCUCUUCUGGAUUUCAUUGAUACCUUUAAGCUCCAGUCCUGGGAGAAAUGGAGCUCUAAGACUCGCGUCCUGAAAACCUUGACUGCAACUGAAUCCUCACUCCACCUAAAGGUAGACCUAGCAACGUUGUGCCUCAGUUUCCCUCCGUCUAUAACCUGGGCAACUGUUGCAGGCUCUCACCCAGGCGCUCCAAAGUGUGUGGAACACGCCCGGCUCUCGGAAGCGCACUACACGCGCGAGCUGUUACGUCAGUGGUUCCCUCGGCGGCGCCCGGGCUGUCCUCCUAAAAUCCUAGUAGAAGAAGUCUAAAUGGCCCGGGAGUGUGCAGGGACCGGGCCCACGUGACCGCUCCACGAAGGCCACCGGCGGGGGCUCGGAGCGCAGGCCGCGCGGUUUCCCGCCGCAUCCGGGCGGCGGGCGAGCUCGGGGAGGGGGACGCCGGGCCCUGGCGGUGGCGGCGGCGGCUCCGAGCCGUGCCUCGGGCCGGUGAAUCCUCCCGGCAGACGGCGAGCGCCGCGGCGGCCCGCAGCAGCGCCGGAAGAUGGCCGAGGCGGGCGCGGGCUUCCUGGAGCAGCUCAAGUCCUGCAUCGUGUGGUCGUGGACCUAUCUGUGGACCGUGUGGUUCUUCCUCGUGCUCUUCCUGGUCUACAUCCUGAGGGUACCCCUGAGGAUCAACGACAAUCUGAGCACAGUGAGCAUGUUUUUGAACACCUUAACCCCAAAGUUCUACGUGGCCCUGACAGGAACUUCCUCACUAAUAUCAGGACUUAUUUUGAUAUUUGAAUGGUGGUAUUUUCGCAAGUAUGGAACAUCUUUCAUUGAACAAGUCUCAGUAAGCCACUUGCGCCCCCUUCUGGGAGGGGUUGACAACAACUCUUCCAAUAAUUCUAAUUCCAGUAAUGGGGACUCAGAUUCCAACAGGCAAAGUGUCUCAGAAUGCAAAGUAUGGCGAAAUCCGCUGAAUCUGUUUAGAGGUGCGGAAUACAAUCGGUACACUUGGGUCACAGGACGAGAGCCUCUGACAUACUAUGACAUGAACCUCUCUGCCCAGGACCACCAGACAUUCUUUACUUGUGAUUCAGACCAUCUUCGCCCUGCAGAUGCAAUAAUGCAGAAAGCUUGGAGAGAAAGGAACCCUCAAGCCAGGAUUUCUGCAGCCCAUGAAGCCUUGGAGAUCAAUGAAAUUAGGUCCAGAGUUGAAGUCCCCCUAAUUGCUUCCUCUACCAUCUGGGAGAUAAAAUUGUUACCAAAGUGUGCAACUGCUUAUAUUCUCUUGGCUGAAGAAGAAGCAACAACUAUUGCUGAAGCAGAAAAACUCUUUAAGCAGGCCCUGAAGGCUGGAGAUGGUUGUUACCGGCGCUCUCAGCAGCUACAACAUCAUGGGUCCCAGUAUGAAGCUCAGCACAGACGAGAUACCAAUGUCUUGGUCUAUAUCAAAAGAAGGCUGGCAAUGUGUGCCCGGAGACUUGGGAGGACCAGAGAAGCAGUGAAGAUGAUGAGAGAUUUAAUGAAGGAGUUCCCCCUCCUAAGCAUGUUCAAUAUCCAUGAAAACCUUCUAGAAGCUCUUCUGGAACUCCAAGCUUAUGCUGAUGUUCAGGCAGUCUUAGCAAAGUAUGAUGAUAUAAGCUUACCAAAGUCGGCGACAAUAUGCUACACAGCGGCCCUGCUCAAAGCAAGAGCUGUCUCUGACAAAUUCUCUCCAGAGGCUGCAUCUCGGCGGGGGCUGAGCACAGCAGAGAUGAAUGCAGUAGAAGCCAUUCACAGAGCUGUGGAAUUUAAUCCGCACGUGCCAAAAUAUCUACUAGAAAUGAAAAGCUUAAUCCUCCCACCAGAACACAUCCUGAAGAGAGGAGACAGUGAAGCAAUAGCCUAUGCCUUCUUUCAUCUGGCCCACUGGAAGAGGGUGGAAGGGGCUUUGAAUCUCUUGCAUUGUACGUGGGAAGGCACUUUCCGAAUGAUCCCAUAUCCCCUGGAGAAAGGACACCUAUUUUACCCAUACCCAAUCUGUACAGAAACAGCUGACCGGGAGCUGCUUCCCUCUUUCCAUGAAGUCUCAGUUUACCCAAAGAAGGAACUUCCCUUCUUCAUCCUCUUCACCGCUGGACUGUGCUCCUUCACAGCCAUGCUGGCCCUCCUGACACACCAGUUUCCGGAACUUAUGGGAGUCUUCGCAAAGGCUUUCCUCAGCACUUUGUUUGCCCCCUUGAACUUUGUCAUGGAGAAAGUGGAGAGCAUCCUCCCCUCCAGUUUGUGGCAUCAGCUGACGCGGAUCUGAGGGAGCCGCCCACCCCUCGCUUCCCACACCAUCCGCCAUCUGUUCUGUGCCAACUUCUCAUGGGCCGCAAGAACGCAUGACUUUGAGAAAGGGAAACUAUUCCGAGAUUUUAAACUGUUCAUGGACUGUCGGUUCCUGAUUAAAGGCUGGCUUUGUUGUACAAAAUUUAUUGAUGUUCAGUUCUAUUUUAUUUUGCCUUCAAAACUGAUCAAAAAGUAAAAAAAAUAAAUAAACUUUUGUGUAUUGCAACAA